CCUCGCCACCAACACUCACCUCACCAUCAUCUCUUCUCCUCGUGCUCGUCACUCGCGAGCAAAUACAUCGCCAUCUCUCCUCCUCCUCCUUGUCGUCAUAGUGCACGCAAAGAAACACGGUUUGCAAUGGCGUGGUGCUUGGUGUUCAUGGUGUUCUUGAUCUACUGCCUCAUCUCGACUGUCGGGCUGCCGGUGGCGCCGGCCGACGAGGCGGCGAUGCAGCUGGGCGGCGUCGGCGGUGGGCGGCUCAGCGUGGAGCCGUCUGAUGUGAUGGAGGCGUCCCUUGACUUUGGGCGGCUCACCAGCGCCGAGCCGCUGGCCGUGUUCCACCCGCGCGGGGCCGGCGACGUCGCCGCGCUGGUGAAGGCGGCGUACGGGUCGGCCAGCGGCAUCCGCGUCUCGGCGCGGGGGCACGGCCAUUCCAUCAGCGGGCAGGCCCAGGCGGCCGGCGGGGUGGUCGUGGACAUGAGUCACGGGUGGCGCGCGGAGGCGGCGGAGAGGACGUUGCCGGUGUACUCGCCGGCGCUCGGCGGGCACUACAUCGACGUGUGGGGCGGCGAGCUGUGGAUCGACGUGCUCAACUGGACGCUGGCGCACGGCGGGCUCGCGCCGCGCUCGUGGACGGACUACCUCUACCUUUCCGUGGGCGGCACCCUCUCCAACGCCGGUAUAAGUGGGCAAGCUUUCCACCACGGGCCCCAGAUCAGCAACGUCUACGAGCUCGACGUCGUUACCGGGAAAGGAGAGGUGGUGACCUGCUCGGAGUCCAACAACCCGGACCUCUUCUUCGGCGCGCUCGGCGGGCUCGGCCAGCUCGGGAUCAUCACGCGCGCGCGCAUCGCCCUCGAGCCUGCUCCUCACAGGGUUCGCUGGAUCCGGGCGCUCUACUCCAACUUCACCGAGUUCACCGCGGACCAGGAGCGGCUCAUCUCCCUGCAGCACGGCGGCCGGCGGUUCGACUACGUGGAGGGCUUCGUCGUCGCCGCCGAGGGCCUAAUCAACAACUGGAGGUCGUCCUUCUUCUCGCCGCAGAACCCGGUCAAGCUCAGCUCGCUCAAGCACCACUCCGGGGUUCUCUACUGCCUGGAGGUCACCAAGAAUUACGACGACUCCACCGCCGUAACCGUCGACCAGGACGUGGAGGCGCUGCUGGGCGAGCUGAAUUUCAUCCCGGGCACGGUGUUCACGACGGACCUGCCGUACGUGGACUUCCUAGACCGCGUGCACAAGGCGGAGCUGAAGCUCCGCGGCAAGGGCAUGUGGGAGGUCCCGCACCCGUGGCUCAACCUCUUCGUGCCGGCGUCCCGCAUCGCCGACUUCGACCGCGGCGUCUUCCGCGGCGUCCUCGGCAGCCGCACCGCCGGUGGCCCCAUCCUCAUCUACCCCAUGAACAGGCACAACACUCGCGCCCGCAGCGUCACAUGAAGCGCGGCCGUCCUCUCACAUGCGGCGCAACACGGGAGGGCGCGGGCAGGUGGCCGAUGGGCUGCGGCGUGCGCGCCCGCGCGCGCGCGAGAGAGAGCGUCCCAUGAUUGGCGCGGGAUAAACAAAUAUACCUCCAGAUGGGCAGCAGAUUGCACAGGAUGGAUCGUGCUGCCGCCAUACUUUAAUUCCGAAACGCAGCCGCCGCAUCUCCGGUGACUGGAAUUGGCCGCGGACAUACCGCGCACUAGGGCGACAGGGCCCUAUUCUAAUCGCUGCGUGGUGGCGCCAUGCCAAUGCUAGGAACAGAACAGAACAGACGGGGGGCGGGCGCAUCAUCAGUCACCUUCACCGCCUUGCGCCGACCGGUUAUUCUAACCAGGGCGCGCGCCGCUCCCGUUCCCAAUCGCCUUUCCACGGCACCAGUUGUUAAGCUUCGCUAGUGGCCAGAUUGCACAUAUGUGUUGUCGCUUUCACAUUAGUACUUAACCUGAAAGGACGUGUCGAUCAGAAUCAGCACAGAUCUUGCUGCUAACUGUUGUUGCUUUUCCUACUCUGCUCCAAUCUUUCCUCUCUCUUUUUUUUUCUCGGUGGAUUUAAAUACUAAAGAGAACUUGAUUUGCGUACGUUGCAGGUGGGACCCGAGGAGCUCGGUGGUGACGCCGGAGGAGGACGUGUUCUACCUGGUGGCGUUCCUGCGGUCGGCGGUGCCGGGCUCGACCGACCCGGCGCAGAGCCUGGAGGCGCUGGAGCGGCAGAACCGGGAGAUCCUCGAGU